AUGCGACGAGUUGUCGUGACAGGGCUCGGCGCCAUCUCGCCCUUCGGUGUCGGCGUGCGCAAUACAUGGAAACGGCUGCUGGCUGGAGAGUCCGCCAUCACCAGCGUCGCCAACUUCGAGCCACAGAAGCAUUGGAAGGAUCUGACAAGCACGGUUGCUGGUGUAGUCCCCAGCCAUGGCACAGGUCCUGAACAGUGGCGACCGUCCGACUGGCUCAACGCCACGGAACAACGUCGCAUGUCCAAGUUUGCCCAAUAUGCCGUGGCCUGUGCGGACAUGGCCAUGAAGGAUGCCGCAUGGAAGCCGGAAAGCCAAGACGACCUGGAAGCAACGGGAGUUUGUCUGGGCAGUGGUAUCGGCAAUCUGGAAGAGAUUUACGAGACGAGCUUGGCAUUCAACCAACAAGGCUACAAGAAGGUUUCGCCGCUGUUCGUCCCCAAAAUUCUCAUCAACCUGGCCGCUGGCCAUGUCUCCAUGAAAUACGGCCUGCAAGGCCCUAACCAUGCCGUUACAACCGCCUGCACAACCGGCGCGCAUUCCAUAGGCGACGCGAUGCGAUUCAUUGCUUUUGGCGAUGCCGACGUCAUGGUUGCUGGCGGAACAGAGUCCUGCAUCCAUCCCUUGACAUUUGCAGGUUUCGGGAGGGCAAGGUCCCUCUCCACGGCCUACAACCACAACCCCCACGCCAGCUGUCGUCCCUUCGACCGCGACCGCAAUGGUUUCGUCGUCUCGGAGGGUGCGGCAGUCCUGGUCCUGGAGGAACUCGAGCACGCCAGGGCCCGGGGUGCGCACAUCUACGCGGAGGUCAGGGGCUACGGCUGCAGCGGCGACGCAAAUCACAUGACGGCUCCGCGAGACGACGGCCACGGUGCUUUCCGCGCCAUGAAGGCUGCCUUGAAGAACGCGGGCAUCCCACCGGCCGAUGUGAGCUACGUUAAUGCCCAUGCUACGGCGACACAGGUGGGUGAUGUCGCAGAAGCUUCCGCAAUUCGAAGCAUCAUGACGGGUGAGGAAGGCCACGCGGACGAGUCGCAGAUAACCGUGAGCAGCACCAAGGGCGCAGUUGGGCAUCUACUGGGGGCGGCUGGCGCGAUCGAAGCCAUGUUUGCCGUGCUAUCAGUGGCUGAGGAUGUUGUGCCGCCUACUCUGAAUCUCGAAAACCCAGAUGUCGGGGGAUCCAUGAAUCUGGUACCCCUCAAAGCACAAGCGAAACAGGUUAACGUUGCCAUGUCCAAUAGCUUUGGCUUCGGCGGCACGAAUGCCUCGUUGGUUUUUUCCAAAGUCCGAUAA